UGAAAUGAAGUCGUAACUUGCUCAUAUCUCAACCUUUUUUUAGGCUUUCUUUUUUGCUAUCAAUCCAGAACAUUUAGCGAGGAAAAAAGAUAAAAGAUAUAUAUUUUUACUUGUCCUCCGUCGUUAUGGUAUAACGUUGUACGAAAUCGUAUGCAGCACAAUGUACAGGUUGGUCUUUUGGUUUUCUUGCCGUCCAUACACAUGGACUGCGCCGACGACUUUGACCCUCCUAUCUUAGAAACGCCGUAGGCACGCAUCUCGAAAGGGACGUGGGGGAACUUUUGGCACAUCACCGACCUGCACUGGGACCCGAGCUACGACCUGGGCAAGAACCCCAAAAGGGUGUGUGAGUCCAGCGGUAUCAGACCGACGCCCCAGGCAGGUCCGUUUGGUGACCAUGCCUGCGACUCCCCCUGGAACCUCAUCAACUCCUCCGUUCACGCCAUGAAAGAUAUUCUCCCCAACCCGGAUUUCAUUGUGUGGACAGGAGACGACACGCCCCACGUUCCCAAUCAGAAUCUGGGCGAAGAAACCGUUCUCCGCAUAAUCGGCAACCUCACAGACAUCAUCAGUGAAGUUUUUCCUGGAACCAAAGUAUACUCUGCCCUGGGUAACCAUGACUACCACCCCAAGAGUCAGCUUCCUGGUGGCCCGAGCUACAUGUACAAUAAAACGGCAGAAAUGUGGAAGCACUGGUUGGAUUUAGAGUCACGUGAAACCUUCAAAAAAGGUGGCUACUACACAGAAAAGCUCCGGAAUCGAACAGGUUUCCGGAUGUUGGUGCUCAACACAAAUCUCUACUACGACAGCAACAUGCUGACCCAGAAUGAUGAGGACCCAGCCGGCCAGUUUAGCUGGGCGGAUGGCGUCCUCGCACAGGCUGCCGCCAGCAAAGAAAAGGUGUACAUCAUCGGCCACGUCCCCCCGGGGACGUUUGAGAAGAAGAGGGGUAAGCAUUGGUACAGGCCGCAGUUUAACACACGCUACCUGGAGCUGAUUCAGAAGCACCAUGCCAUCAUCAUGGGACAGUUCUUUGGCCACCACCACACCGACGCCUUCCGCAUGUUCUACGACUCUAAGGACUCUCCCAUCAGCACCAUGUUCCUUAGCCCGGGGGUGACACCGUGGGAGACUACGCUCCCCGGGGUCAAGAACGGCGCUAACAAUCCUGGCAUUCGCAUCUUCGAAUACGACACCCAAACCCUCCUGGUCCAAGACGUGGUGACUUACUACCUGAACCUGACACACGCCAACGCAGGCCGGGACCGCUGGGAGAAGGAGUACCGGCUGACCGAGAGCUUUCAGGUGGCAGACGCCUCCCCGGCCUCCAUGCACCAGGUCUUGGAGGGCAUCUCUGAGGACAGCUGCCGCCUGCAGCAGUACUACCGCUUCAACUCGGUCAACUUUGACCUGAGCGGGUGCGACGAAGGAUGCCGCGUGGACCACGUGUGCGCCACGCGUGAGGUUGACUUCCACAGGUACGAGCGCUGCCUGGCUACAAAAGCAGCGGGGGCCAGCCUCAGCGGAAGCCUGCUGAGCAUCCUCGGCAUGGCUGUGAGCAUUUUGUUUGUUUUUGCUCAAGAGUAGUUAGUCAUCCAGAUGGGCGGAGGAAUCCUAAUAAUUUUUAAUCUUACAUACUGUUCAUUUUCCAUGCGCACACAAUCCAGUAUGGCCCUGGUCAGUUUUGAAGAAUGUCCUCAUAAUAAUUGUCUAUAUCAAAUUAUGAAGUACAGAUCUUCUCCCAAUGUAUUAAUAGCCUGUCUGACAUGAAUAAAUGGUCAAUUGAUCCAAAAUCAAUACUUUGGAAAAAAGGGAAAGCGUAUUUUUUUGCAAAGGCUUGUUUUUGCAGGCGCUUAUCUCGUGUGUCAAAUUUGUUACAGAACAGCCUCAGUGUUCACAAACUUUGUAGCACCAGUACAAAAGAAUGAGAUUUUUAAAGAUUUAAAAUUUUGUGACAAUUGGGUCACUUUAGGGAAAGUCAUAAUUUUUCCAGGUGAAAGAACAAAUAUUAGGCUCUUUUUGUUGGUGGUGUUGUUGAAAUCAGUCAAAAUAGACCCAAACAUUAUGUGUUAAAUUCAAAUAGGAAAGGUUCUGUCAGCUACCAAUCACGAUUUUUCAAGUAUUUAGGACUAUUCAUAUACAAUAUUUGAAAGCAAAAAUCCUAUUGCUUUUAAAAGGAUAGAGUAUUAACUCAUUUGUUUAGUCACGUUUAGUAGUUGUUUCUUGUUUGACAUUCUCAAGCAAACUUAUAAACAUUGCAGCAAUUAUAGCACAGCAAGAAUUCUGAUUUUGAAUAACAGUACAACUAACUUCUUCAAUUAUCUCAGUUGUUUAUUUUUUACUUCCCCUCUCAAAAAUCUUUUUUUUUCUCCAAUUGAAUUGUAUCGGGUCAGACAGUGCCUUGAAAAAGUAUUUGCCCCCUUCUCAAAUUCUUAUUUUUUGCACAGUAUAGUUUCCCCACUUUGAUGUUUAAGAUCAUCCAAAAAUAUAUAUAUAUAUUAAAUAUUAGACAAAGAUAACCGAAGCAAACAUAAAAUGCAGAUUUUACAUUGUGAUUUUAUUUAUUAAGGGGACAAAACAAUAUUCAAAGCUACCUGGCCCGGUGUGAAAAAAUAAUGGCCCGGAAACUAAAUACUAAAUGACUUAAUGUUUGGCAUUUUUGUAACUGGUUGAGCCACCCCCAGCAGCAACAACUGAAAUCAAGCAUUUUCUAUAACUGGCAAUUAGUCUUUCACAUCUCUGUGGGGAUAGUUUGGCCCCCUCUUCCUUGCAGAAUUUAUUUAAUCCAGAAACACUAGAGGGUUUUUUAGCAUGAACAGGCUUUUCAAGGUCAAGCCACUGCAUUUCAAUCGGAUUCAAGUCCGGAUUUUGACUAGACCACUCCAUAACCCUUAUUUUUUUAAGCCGUUUGGAAGUUGAAUUGGGGGGCGGGGGGUGUUACUCUAAAUUGUCCAUAGGUGUCACGAUGAGUGCGAAUGGUUGUUUGUUUAUAUGUGCCCUGUGAUUGGCUGGCAACCAGUUCAGGCUGUACCCCGCCUCUCGCCCGAAGAUAGCUGGGAUGGGCUCCAGCACGCUCGCAACUCUAGUGAGGAUAAGCAGCAUGGAAAAUGGAUGGAUGGGUACGUUUGCCCGCUGUAAGGGCACUUUUUGCCAUACACAUAGGGGAACAAAAGUGAAAAAGUGAAAGGGCACAUGCCCCCCCAGCCACUAACUUAAUUUUGUCAGACUGGUUCUAUUUUAAGUGAUUUCUUGACUGAGCAGGUAUCGUGGCUUGGGUGUGGUCAGUGGAAAUGAACUCAGCUUUCCUUAAAAUGUGAUUAGCCACAGUUAAUUCAUGAUUUAACAAGGGGGCAAUUACUUCUUCACAUAGAGUUAGGUAGUUUUGAAUAGUUUUUUUCCCUUAAUGAAAUAAAAUCAUUUAAAGAUUGCAUUUUAUGUUUACUUUGUUUAUCUUUGUGUAAUAUUUAUAUUUGUUUGACUAUCUUAAAGUAGGGAAACUAUGGAAAAGAUUGAGACUUCAAAUGGGGCAAAUACUUUUUCACGUGGAAAAAGUUUUGAAUGAUUUAUCUUGUGUUUCUUAAAUACCAAAAACCUGGAAUUUGAACAGGGAUGUUUAGACUUUUUUUAUUUACUGUAUGAGCCCAUAUGUUGACCUCAUCAGCUUCAAAUACACAUUGUAGCCUUUGAAUGACUUAAUGUUUGCAUUUUAAUGUUAGCUAAAUAACGUGACAAGUAGAUAUGAUGAUUUAAUCACAUCGUAAUCAUAAUUAAGGUAAGAAACAACAACCUCUGGCUUCAUAUAUUACCUGUGUGGCUUUCAUACAACAGUGAAUGAUAUUGUUCAAUUACUCAUUUCCAGUGAAUAAAUGUAUGUUUUGCGGUUUAAUACAGCCAACAAAUAAUACACAGGUUAUUUUUAACUGUACUGCUGUACUGUGUGUAAUGCUAUAUUGUAUUACGACAUAUGAUAAAAACCUGAAUGAUUCA